AUGGAUGCGUUUCAUACACGAUUACGACAUCUCGCCGAACAUUGCGAAUUUGACGACACAGAGAGAGAAAUAAAGUCUCAGAUAAUCCAAGGUUGUGAAUCGUCAAGACUAAGGAGAAAAACGUUACGGGAACCUGAUAUCUCCUUACAAAACAUUCUUGAUUCAGCGAGGGCAAUGGAAAUUUCUCAACUUCAAGCUUCCGGUAUGGAGGAACAAAAGGACACAGUGAACACAGCCAAGUAUAAACCAAUAAAACACAAGAAACAAUUGCAAGUUAAGAAGUCGACAACUUGUUUCAAUUGUGGAAAAGCAUGGCCACACAAAGAUCAUCCGUGCCCAGCGAAGGACAAGGAAUGUCACAAAUGCAAGAAAACUGGACAUUUUGUAAAGCUCUGUAAAUCAGAAAAACAGAAAACUCGUCCACAAAAAGAGAAACGGCAUCAACAUUCUAGACAACGAAACAUUUGGGAAAUGGACAAAAAUAAGAAAAUCAAACUGGAAAAAGCUACUAGCAAGAUUCUCACAUACGGCUCAACGUCUAAACUUCCGGUCAAAGGAAAAUUUCUAGCCGAGAUCGAAUCAAAGGACAAGACCACUAGCGCUUAUGCUUAUGUUUACGUUGUGGAAGGAUCCAGUGGAUCAUUACUAAGCUGCGCCACUGCUCAGGAACUUGGGUUAAUGAAACAGUGCUUAAAUGUUGUUUCACAUGAAGAGAUCUUGGAGGAAUUCAAUGAUAGAUUCCAAGGUAUUGGUAAACUGAAGAACUACAAAGUCAAACUUCACAUUGACGAAACCGUCAAACCAGUUGCGCAACCUCACAGGCGUAUACCGUUUCAUAUCCGCAAAAAGGUGGAGCAAGAACUACAAAAUCUGGAGGAUUUAGAUAUUAUAGAAAAAGUAGAAGGGCCGACACCAUGGAUUUCCCCCAUAGUAGCAGCACCCAAACCAAAAGACCCUGACAAGGUACGAAUUUGUGUUGAUAUGAGACAAGCUAAUAACGCUAUACACAGAGAGCGUCACGUAAUGCCAACUGUUGAUGACAUGAUCAACGACCUAAAUGGUGUAAAAGAUUUAUCAAAGCUCGACUUGAAUUCAGGUUAUCAUCAACUUGAAUUAGCGCCCGAAUCCCGCUAUAUCACUACGUUCUCCACACAUGUUGGAUUGCGAAGGCAUAAGCGAUUAAACUUCGGAAUAUCGUCUGCUGCAGAAGCAUUCCAAGUAAUAAUUCAACAAGUUAUAGAAGGGAUCGAUGGAGUGCGCAAUCUCAGUGACGAUAUCUUUGUUUUUGGGAACACACAGGAGGAUCACGAUAGAGCUUUAAGAAGUGUCCUGACCAGAUUGAGGGAUAAGAACAUAACACUGAACAAAAGAAAGUGUGAAUUCAACGGAUUUGUAUUUUCGGGAAAUGGAAUAUCAGCAGACCCAGCCAAGGUUGAAGCAACCAAAAAUGCAGAGAAUCCGACAAAUGCAUCGGAGAUGCUAAGUUUUCUUGGUAUGGAAGAUUAUUGCGUAUGCCAGCAAAACUCUAUCACCAGUAGAGCAAAGAUAUUCACAAACGGAAAGAGAAGCUUUAGCUAUCGUCUGGAGCUCUACUUGUUUGGUCAAGAAUUCAGGUUAGUCACCGAUCACAAGCCACUUGAGCUAAUAUUUGGAAACCCGAAUUCCAAACCUCCAGCGAGAAUUGAAAGAUGGGCUUUACGUUUACAGCCAUAUAAUUUCAAAGUAGUAUACAAACCAGGAAAAUCUAAUCCGAGUGAUUACAUGUCACGUCAUCCGAUUCAUCAAACAGAAAUCAGAAGUUUAAGAGCAUCAAAGGUUGCAGAGGAAUAUAUCAACUUCACAAUAAGUAGCGACAUACCAAAGUCAAUGAAAUUGAAUAAGUUUAAGACUCACACCGACAAAGAUCCGAUGCUACGAGAACUACGAUCAUCGCUGGAAUCUGGAGAUUGGACAAAAUUUGCAAAAAGUAAGACUUCCGAUUGGAAAUCUUUUUAUAAACUUAGAGAUGAAUUUACACUCGCCGAUACAGGUAUCAUCUUGAAGAAUACACGAAUUCUUACACCAAAGUCGCUCAUAAAACGAGUAGUUGAACUAGCUCAUGAGGGUCACCAAGGGGUGGUGAAAACAAAAUCAUUUUUGCGUGAAAAGGUCUGGUUUCCAGGAAUUGAUAAAAUCGUAGAAUCCACAAUCAAAUAUUGCAUCCCGUGUCAAGCAACGGUAGAGACAAAACGCAUAGAACCAUUACAGAUGUCACCGCAACCAAGUGGACCGUGGACUGAAGUUUCGAUGGACUUCUGUAGACCAUUUCCAUCAGGAGACUAUUUGAUGGUAGUCAUUGAUGAAUAUUCGAGAUAUCCAGUCGUGGAAAUCUUGAAAUCAAUUUCAGCAAAGUCCGUGAUGACAAGGUUUGACAAAAUAUUUGCUGAAUUUGGAAUUCCGUGUACUUUGAAAUCAGAUAACGGACCGCAGUUUAAUGGAUCAGAAUUUAAACAAUUUGCUGAAUAUCUGGGUUUCAAACACAGAAAAAUCACACCGCUAUGGCCUAUGGCGAAUGCAGAGUCUGAAAGAUUCAUGAGAACCAUAGAGAAAACCAUUAGAGCUUCAAACGUGGAAAGUAAAAAUUGGAAACAAGAAAUACACACGUUUUUAAGGAAUUAUCGAGCUACACCACACUGCACGACGAAACUGUCACCAUUCGAGAUUCUAUUUGGACGCACGUUGAAAACAAAGUUAGAUGUUGAAAUCCUUACCGAAAGAAAAGGAGAAGAAAUUGAAACGAAAACUGACAUUCGUAAAAAUGAUGAAAAAGCUAAGAUGCAAAUGAAGCAGUAUGCUGACAGCAAAUCCGAAGCCAAGUUUGAAAGAAAACAAUCUCGAGAUAGGAGAUUAUGUACUCGUAAAAUAAAAUAA